UUCCAUGGUGUGACUUGAUUCAUCUGUAAGGUCUGACCGGUCUGUGCAUUGGCGUUCUGUCGCUGUCCGUGUUGUACGAAAUCAUGCGAUACUUCGAGUUGGGCUUUACUGAUGGUGCGAGGCUGUGUACCGAUGAGCCGAGCAGUGAAGGAAGCACGGACGUUCCUGUGUCUGAACGUCGACCCUUGUUGAUUUUAGGGUACUUUCGCCGCAUGUCCAAGUCCGGAAGACUGCUGCUUAGUGUUGCGCACACGUUUAGGUCAAUUUUGGGCUAUACUUUGAUGCUAUGCGCCAUGUCUUUCAAUAGUUACAUUUUUAUUACUAUGGCGAUUGGCGCUGCAGUUGGGUAUUACAUGUUUGGACACCAAAUUUUGGAUCAAAAGUGGAAAUUGGCUUUCUUGCGCACACGAUCAAGAAACGCCUCCGCUGUGAAUUUAAGACCAGAAGUGUUCCAGCAGGAAGUGGAAGUGAUGGAAUCUUGAUCAAGUAAUUGAUUCAUGUGAUUUUUUUUUCGGCUGUGGUUGGUCCUCCGAUAUUUAUUCUUUACUGCAGUACAAGUAUGUCUCAAUUACAACUUUCCCAUUAAAAUUUACUGUAUCUUAUUAAUCACACAAAUGACCUGUUCCACACACAUGGCUAC